AAUUAAGUUAUCUGUGAAUUUUCGGCAACCCAAACAUUGAAGGCAAUAAUGCCCAGAUGUAUCGGUAUUUCGGGAUUAUAAGUGGAAAAAGAGUGCACCGCAUGUAAACAUACACCUUAACCAUCAGCCAAAAUCAAUAUUUCCUUCUCCCACAUCCAUUGUACUGAAAUCUUAAGUUCCGAAGCUAAUGAAGGAUGGUAUUUAUAUCGGACGCUAUUUUAGUUCCAUCGCGGUUUCGGACGUGGUAGCGCAGUCUGGUUUCACAAUGAAAGCCAAAAGGAGAUGAGCCGAUUUCCAGUGGAAAAAGUGGCCGCUGACAGAGAUGAGAAACGGUCCAGAAUACCGAGAUGAAUCAUCGCCGGUGAGAUGGAAAGAAAACGGUCGGUCAGGAGGCAGAGGAGGUACGAGAGGUCGUUCGGCAAGAGAUGCAAGGAAUUCUUCAGGUCACUAGUGGCCUUCCUAUUCAGCAACGUCGGUAUUAUCGGUCUAGUGGUGGGCUACACGAUGGGAGGUGCUUUUAUGUUCAGAGCAUUAGAGAAGGAUUAUCACCUACAGGUGAAAACAGACGUGGCUAAUGCAGAAAAAGUCGCAGUGGUAGAAAUCUGGAACAAAACUCUAACUAUGAACCCUUUCACAGAGGAGGAGUAUAGAAAGAUGUUAGAAGGACAACUGAUGAAGUUUCAGAAGAGUAUAGUUCUUUCUGUCCGCAGAGGAUACGACGGUUCGAAGUUGUCUUACUCGGAGCAAUGGAGUAUUGCUGGAGCCUUCUUGUAUUCCCUCACAGUUAUUACUACCAUAGGUUAUGGGAACAUUACGCCGCAUACAAUGGGUGGCCAGAUUAUGACAAUAUUUUAUGCAAUCAUUGGAAUGCCUCUUUUUCUUCUUUAUCUUUCGAACAUCGGCGACAUCAUGGCAAAAUCUUUCAAGUGGAUCUAUGCCAAUGUGUGCCUAUGCAGGUGGUGUCCAGGUGUAGCCACAAGGAGAGCGGAAAGGAAGAAGAGAGCCUCUAGAAUGAUGUAUUAUUCUUAUGAGGAGGAAUCAUAUGGUUCGGAACAGCAUAUGCAAAUGGAAGACGCGAAGUCCCAAAGAGGGCUUUCCCACGCACCAAGUGAAACAACCGAAACAGGAGACGACGAAGAAAGCGAAACGUCAUCCGACGUGCAAUCUGUUACCGUUCCCAUAACAGUUUGCUUGAUGAUCAUGGUGGGCUAUAUCUGCUUCGGAGGCUUCCUUUUCUGCAAAUGGGAAGACUGGAAGUUCUUGGAAGCGGUCUACUUCUGUUUCAUUUCAUUGAGCACUAUUGGUUUUGGAGACCUUGUUCCUGGCGACAAAAUAAUAGGUCACAGCGACGUAGAUGAGGUGCUCGUCGACGAGGUCUUCGAACUACGUUUCGUGUUCUGCGCUGCAUAUCUUAUGCUGGGUAUGGCACUGAUAGCUAUGUGUUUCAAUCUGAUGCAGGAGGAAGUGAUCCACAAAAUACGAACGGCUGUCAAAACAUUCAAAUACAUAUUUCGUUGUAACAGGUAACGAAUGCCCUGCCGGCUUCCGGAGCAUGAAGCUAAUUUAACAUUUCUUCUCCGGACGGGCGGAGGGCAUCCACCCGGGCGAGCGGAUUAUGCGUCAUGAUAACUGGCAGAUCGACAUGAAAAAUGGAGGGAAGAAAUGGGGAGGAAGGAGAGCGCUCCUAAUUGAAGAGGUUUCAAUAAAAAAAGGGGUGAAGCAGAAUUGAGGUUCGGCCUUGAGAGAGUUAUAUUAUUUUAUUUCGAUAGCGUCGGGAGGAUUGUGUUUUUUGUUAUCUUGUUUGUAAUAUACUCUUUUUCACAUUA